UUGAUGUUUUCGUGAGACUUUAUUGCACGCUUGUGAAUAACAAUAAUAAUUGUGUGUUUAUUUUUUAAGCUGUACGGUCUGCUCGAUGCAAACAAUACAUGUGUGCAUGAUGGUGAUGAUGUUGCAGCUUUGCCAUGCUUUAUUUUCUUGCAAACAUAUCCACAUUAUAAAUUAAAAUCGACGUCCUCGUGUUUUCUGUAAUUUGUUCAGUUGUUGUGGAGGGGGUCGGCUUGUUGGAUAUUUAAAAGCGAAACGUUGUUCUACGUUGUUAUUCUAAUGACGUCAUUGAGUCGUCGCAGAGCUUUAAAUGGUGUUAAGUACAUUGACGUGGCACAGUGCAGCCCCUCUAGAGAUUAGACUAUUAUUUUUACGAGCAUCCUCCCACGCCAAUGAUGAAGAUGUUGAUGAUGAUGCUAAGAGUUCAAGUCAUUGUUAGGCCCUCCACACCCUGAAAGAAGACAAACAUCAGCAGUUGUUAAGAUGGCGCCUCCAACUGUCCCGCAUGCCGACAAGGGAAGUGGAACAAACAGUCACAACUCCCCUGCCAGAACUAAAAAAACAACCAACACAGACAAGAAGCUUCUCUUAAAUGGACAUGCGUCGCCUUCACACUUGGUGGCGAACAUUAGCACCAACCAUGUUGGCAAACCAAUUGUGGAGGGUGUCUUGAAGACAGAUGACAGGAUGCGUUUAGCCAAAGAGAGACGGGAGGAGAGGGAAAAAACCCUUGCGGCACGGGAACAGCUGAUCAAGGAGAAGGAGCGCCGAUCUCAGCUGCAGUAUGAGCGCACAGUGGAGGAGCGUUGGAAGCGGCUGGAGGAGCAGAGGCACAAGGAGGAACUGCGCAGAGCUGCGGUGGAGGAGAAGCGAAGACUGCAGCUGGAGGAGGAAAAGGAGCGGCUGGAGGCCCUGAUGAGACGCUCUCUGGUGCGCAGCCUCAACCUGGAGAACAGACAAAAACGCUGGAGCAGAGGUUUCACUAUUGGAGCAGGUGACACUGAGAAUGCAUCGUUCUCUGUCUCUGCUGCCUCCACCCUUUCCCAUGGCCUUGCCUCCCCUCUUCCUGCUGUCAGCGAAUCUGCGCCCUGCAGCCCUCGGAGGUCACCUUUGUGCAGCUCACGGAGCCCCGCUGACCCCCUCAGAAGUGGACUCCUGGAAGGCUCUCAGUCCACUCCCAACACCCCCAAGAAAAAGCAUCUCCAAAACGAGAGAAGAACUGCCUCUCCAGGUGGUGCAUUGACAAAUACAAACAGAAGAUCUGAAUCUCCUGCUAAUAUCACCAAACAGCUGACAUCAUCGACUACCUCCAAGCUGGCUUCUAAGACGCGCAUGCAGUCGCCCAACAACAUCCACGAGUACCACCACUCCCCCACUAGACCUCGGCUAUCCAAUGAUAAGAAAGCACACACCAAGGGUGACGCAGUGGGAAACAAUAACCGCCAUAUCCACAAUACAGCUGACGUAUAUCAAGCCAAAUCAUCUGAAGUCAUCAAAGGUGAUGUCUCUGAGAAUAAAGAGGACUCUUUUAGGAGGAAAACAGAGCAUAUCACUCAAAAUGGAGAGAAGAAUAGAGAAUCAUCGCCAUGCACAUCCACAGGGAAGGUAGCAGCCGGGAUAACCAAUGCAGAGGAUGCUAGCAGGCUGCUAGCGGAGCGUAGACGUCAGGCUCGGGCGCAGAAAGAACUAGAGGACAAAAAACGAGAGGAAGAAAAAAGGCUUAAGGAAGAUCAGCUGACCAGACAGCAUGCACAGGAGCAAUGUCAGCAGGAGGGCAAGGAGUCUGGGAAAAAAGGCACAGAUUCGAACACAGCAAUGCAAAAAGAACACAAACGACAACAGGAUGCGCAGGAGAAGGAGCUAAUGGGCAGAGAGCGAGAAAAGGCUAAUGUUCAAACAAAUGAGGAAAUGCAGCGUCAGCGUCAAGACCGAGAACAGCAGACACAACAUCUAGAUGAGGAAAGGCAGCUGAGAAAGAAGAGAAUUGACGAGAUCAUGAAGAGAACGAGGAAAGGGGAAACUGACGUGAAGGACGAACAGGUGGAGACCAGGUCACCACCAGGGGAGGUAAAGAACGGUGAAACUAAAGCUCAGGAAGAUUUUAAAUGGUGUAGAGAGCAGGUCUCAAGCCAGGGUGACAGGGGCAGGAAGAAAAAAGCAGCACAGAUGGACUGUCAGAAGCAUGUUGAAAACAAUACUCAACAAGUGAUACCAGCUCACAGUGUUCCGGACAAUAGGCUGGACACCAGAAAAAUGAUAGACACGGACAAGAUAACCAAGGAUGGUGUGGAUGAUCCCCAACUACAUGACAGGGAAAUGCAGGUGAAUGCAAAUAAGCCCAGAAUCAAUUUUAAAGACAUGGACCCAUUCAAAGAAGAACCAACCAAUGAGAUAAAUGGAGUGGUCAGGAGGGCAGAAAGUUUCCCAAUGAGAGAUCAUGUGACCGCUGAGGUAAGUAAACAGAAAGCGGCAUCCUUGUCAGGCGGAAAUGAAGAACGUGUGACACCCCUGCCUUUGAGACCGCGACCACCACGCGCCAUUCAUCUGGAGCCACUGGAGGUGAAGCGGUCCUGUGAUGAGGUGCAGUCCAUGGACGUCAGCCCAGCUUCAAAGGAGGAAUUGAUUUCCAUCCCAGAAUUCUCGCCAGUUAAUGAAAUACAGCAAUCCGGCAUAAGCAACACCCGGGCCCUUCAGGACCUGAUGGACCUGACAGGCAGCGUCACGUGCUCCAAUAGGACCGCUGAAGAUAACGUCGGCGACUGCAACAAAAACCUGAUCCAGGGGGUCGUCAGCCCCAUUUCAGACUCCAAGCUUAUCGGGAUAUCCUCUCCUUCCUCAAAUCAACUUAAUAUCCAUUAGUGAAUCAAGUUUUUCUCCCUUACACAAACUAGACCUCACAUUAUAAAUAAACAUAUAUAUCAAUACAUUAAUGGGAAGAGAGCCAUAUAAACUGACAGCUACUAGUAAAACUACACCUUGCAGUAUUACAACAUUCUAAUCACGUAUAGCAGAUGUAGGCGAUAGUGAGGGAGAGUCGGGGAGGGGCUGUGAUUGACUGGCAACCAAUCCAGGGUGUACUCUGCCUUUUGCCUGAACCCAGCAGGGAUAAGCAGUAUAGACAAAAUAUGGAAUGGGGAUGGGCAUUUGACUAAAGUUCCUUCGAUUUCAUUAUGGAGAGAAUUAACAUUCAAUGAAUUGGUUAUUUUUGAAACUCCCAUUAUAAGCCAGUGUAAUAUUGAACAUAACAUUGCUGUUAUAGCAGAGGUUUUCAUGGAUAUUACGCAAAAUAUUGUUACUACUGUAGCUAUCGUUAUGUUACGCAAACCGAAACAACUACCUCUGCUGCUUGUAGUAGUAGUUCACUACAUUUUGCUUUUAUUUUUAUUAAGCACAAUUAUUCAACAAUUAAUUCCACAACAAGUUCAAUUUCGACCAUAUUCUUAAUUAUAAAUUAGUUGAUUAUAAUACCGAUCCCUCAUAGUGAAGUGUGUCAAAAACCUUUCAGGCUUUUGAAUUUUGAAGAAAUGUCCAGCACUAUGGACAUACAGUCCAUAGUGAUAUAUUUUUCUAACUGAGAUUGAUGAAGACGAUGCUGAAGUGUUUGUUUGUUGCAAACUGGAAGGAAACCUGGAUUUGCAACUAUCCAUCCAUCCAUCCAUUUUCUGAGCCGCUUCUCCUCACUAGGGUCGCGGGCGUGCUGGAGCCUAUCCCAGCUGUCAUCGGGCAGGAGGCGGGGUACACCCUGAAUUGGUUGCCAGCCAAUCGCAGGGCACAGUUUUUUUUCCCAUACUGUGAGGUCAGUGACCAUUAUGUGCGUGACCUGUAAUACCUGAACCACAUUUGCAGAGAAUCUUGUCCAAACAACAGAGCUUAACAGUAGCUUUCUUGCACAUGCAUUAGUGUCCAUCAACUUCCCACUGUCCCCUGCAAGGGCUUUUUGAAUUGUCUUUUAUAGAUCAGACAUUUUAAUUUGAGGAUUUGCUGCAUGUUUUGGAUUGAUAAACAUAGUUGUUCGGAAUUGGGUUGAUUUAUUUUCAGGAUUGAAUUUAAAGAAAAAUAUUUGAUUUGCACACAAAUUUAAUUUGAGAUAAAAUACAAAAACACCAUCUUAUUCAAAACAAAUGAACUUUGUCACUGUCGAGAUGUGCAUGGUUAGCAUGGUAAAAAACGAUCAUAAACAAUAAAAUGUUAAGUGGUCAACGUUGUUUUUAUCGUUCAUAAAUACAGUAUUUUAUGGUGGCCCUGAAGUGCAAAACAUAACAGCAAAUAACUAAACACAACGGGAAAUUAAACACAACAGCAAAUAAAUAAUCACA